CUGUUGCGUCUACAAGCGCUGUCGUGACUGGAGCAGAGGCAAACAGAGAGGAUCUGAGUCAGAAUCCAAAAAAACACCAAAAGGAGAACAGAAACUCUGACUUGUCGUCUCUCUCUGUCUCUCAGUGUGUGUGUUUGAGAGUUUGUUAGAUGUGUCUGAGUUCUCGUCUGAUUCUUCUGUGGGGGACCUGUCAUUGAAGACAGGAGGCACCUUGACAGCAAACAAGAGGCCGGAGAGAACCUGACAGACAGCGCAAAAGGAGGAAAGAGGGAGGAAGGGAAGAUGAGAAAGUGACAGGCUGGAUCGUUGCUUUUGAACGGUAGCAGAACCAAAGAGAGGUCACCAAGACUACACGUCCCAGCAUCCUACAGGCCCCAGAUCUGAUUGGAUGGUUUUGUCAGAAUGACAGCCGAAGAUCCUGCUUCCUCCUCAACCAUGAGCAAUAACGCUGCCCCUGCCAAACCCUCCAAACCAGCUGGUGCCUAUCAUGGACAGAUCAACAUCCCUGAAGGUGUUGCAGGUGCUCCAAAUGAGGCCGCACUGGUGUCCCUGAUGGAGCGCACUGGCUACAGUAUGGUCCAGGAAAAUGGUCAGCGUAAAUACGGCCCUCCUCCUGGUUGGAAUGCUCAGUCUCCACCACGGGGAUGUGAAAUUUUUGUGGGCAAGAUCCCAAGGGACGUUUACGAGGAUGAGCUGGUCCCAGUGUUUGAGUCCGUUGGACGCAUCUAUGAGAUGCGGCUGAUGAUGGACUUUGACGGGAAGAACAGAGGGUACGCAUUUGUGAUGUACACAGAGAAACAUGAGGCCAAGCGUGCUGUGCGUGAGCUCAACAACUAUGAGGUGCGGCCCGGGCGGCUGCUGGGAGUCUGCUCCUCUGUGGACAACUGCCGUCUUUUCAUUGGUGGCAUCCCCAAAACCAAAAAGCGUGAGGAGAUCCUGGAGGAGGUCUCCAAGGUGACGGAAGGGGUACUGGAUGUGAUAGUUUAUGCCAGCGCUGCAGACAAGAUGAAAAACAGAGGCUUUGCCUUUGUAGAGUAUGAGUCACACCGUGCAGCUGCCAUGGCUCGCAGGAAGUUGAUGCCUGGACGUAUUCAGCUUUGGGGCCACCAGAUUGCAGUGGACUGGGCUGAACCAGAGAUUGAUGUGGACGAAGACGUCAUGGAGACAGUGAAGAUCCUCUACGUCAGGAAUCUUAUGAUGGAGACCAGCGAGGAGACAAUCAGACAGGUAUUCAGUCAGUGGAAUCCUGGAUGUGUCGAACGUGUGAAGAAAAUCCGUGACUACGCAUUCGUCCACUUCACCUCCCGAGACGAUGCUGUCAUGGCCAUGGACCACCUCAACGGCACAGAGGUGGAAGGGUCUUGCAUCGAGGUGACACUCGCCAAGCCAGUAGAUAAAGAGCAGUACUCACGUCAGAAGGCCUCCAAGGGUGCUUCUGCCACUCCAGAGCCUACUCAGCAAAACUACGUCUACCAGUGUGAUCCCUACACAUUGGCCUACUAUGGUUAUCCCUACAACACUCUCAUUGGACCCAACAGGGACUAUUUCGUCAAAGGAUCCCCAAUGAUACAGAACAAUGCAGGUACUGUGCGAGGUCGUGGUCGUGCUGCUGCAGGUAACCGUACCCCUGGACCACGGGGGUCGUACCUGGGGGGUUACUCUGCCGGUCGUGGCAUCUACAGCCGCUACCAUGAGGGCAAGACCAAGCAGCCCGAAAAGCCCUAUGAGCUGAUGCCCAGUCUGGAGCUCGCUGCCUCCGUCAACCCCGUUGGCAUCAAACCUGGCACAAUGGCAUUGCCGACUCUGGGUGGGCAGUACCCAGUGUUCAGCACGGCUCCUGCAGCCAAGCUGAUGGAGGAGGGGAAGGUGCACACGGUGGAGCACCUUAUCAACCCUCUGGCCAUGCAACACCCGGAGCACACCACUGCUACUGCUGCUGCCGCCACCGUCCUACCUGCAGUCUCCACCCCUCCACCUUUCCAGGGCCGUCCCAUCACUCCCGUUUAUGCCAUGGCCCAUAACGUACAGCGUAUCCCAGCAGCUGGUGGCCUGUACGGAGCAGGAUACGUGCCCAUCACAAACUACGCUGCCAACACAGCAGCUCUGGCCGCUCUGCAGAAGAACGCAGCGGUGGCGGCUGCAGCGUACGGGGGUUACGCAGGCUAUGCGGUGCCACAGGCGUUCCCUGCCACCGCCUUCCAGCUGCCAAUCCAUGAUGUCUACCAGACAUAUUGAUUCUGAGGGGCAGACCACGAAAAAAAAAAGGUUAUCCCCCUGCCUGAGACUGAACCACCAUGUCUAUCCCAUCUACAUCACUUGAAUUUGUGACCAUCCAAAAGCUCUACAGGAAGGAAAAAACAGACAAAUAAUGACAUCGCACAUCUGUCGCGCCUCAGUGUCUGUUGGACACAAUGCAAAGUUAUACAGCAUCACUGUAGUCCACUUACUGAGGAGCCCUACCUGUAUGUGGUGACAAUCAUCCCGAAACAAUAAGCAUUAACUCAUAACAACAUCCAUCUCUCUGUCUCACUCUCUCUCUGUGUCUCUGACCCCCACCACCUUGUUGCUAUGGCAACAGAAACACUGAAGGUACAUUCAAGUAUUUAUGAAGAGAAGGUAUAUUUAAGGUUUUAUUCUCUGUAGGUUUCUCUUAAUAAUGGAGUGAUAUUUGUCCUCUGAAGCAGGAAAGAUAAACCUUCACACUGUCAACUUUUUUUAACAACGGGGGGCAAAAAGAAAGAAUUGCAAAAAAGUAAAAGUACAACAGGAACUACUGACAAGAGAGAAUGCCACUGAAGAUGUUUGGAUCUACUAAUGUUUUGUUUUCAUUAAUAUAUAGUAUUUUAGCCAAUUUGACAUGCUGUAGGUGAUGCUGUCCGUCCGUGCUGGUUGAAUGUGUAAGCUUCAAACAUGCCUGUUUGGUACUUUUUGGUUUUAUUUUUUAGUUUUAUUUGUGUAUUUGGUUGUUUUAAAUGAAGGUUUCUAAGUGUUCAUUUGCUUUUAAUUAGUUUGCUUGUUCUUUAAUGUUUGGAAACAUAUUAUCUUGGUUUGUUUGAAGAAAAAGUUGCCAGCUAAGUAAUAUUACUGUGGAGAUUCCCUGGGGAACAAAGAAAACUGGAAAUGUUUUGGAUUAAUGUGUAAGCCUGGCAGACAUCGACACCGUAUAUGUGGAGAUGUUUCCCAUCCUCAGAAACUGCGCUGACAGGGGACUCAGACUGAACAGAUCUUAAUUCUUCUAUUUUCUCUUUUAUGUAUGUGUCUUUAUUAUUGUGUUUUUGAUUUUUUUUUUUUUACUCUUGACAGGUGAACAAAUAUGGACAGAAAUGAGAGGCGAUUUUUCCUGUGUGGGCCAGACAACUCUGCCACUUAAAGUGCUCCUGCAUUUGCCAAUGCUAACCAAAAAAAAAAAAACUUAAAGGGAUAAUUCAGGUUUUUUUAAGUGGGGUUGCAUGGGGUACACAUCCAUAGACAGUUUAUUACAAACAGUUAAUGUCAGUCCACACGCACCCAGUUUGGAGAAGCAGUCUGACAUGCUUAGCAAUCUACUGCUGUGGAUGGGGGCCAGCAACAAAAUGUAUUUUAACCACCUCAGUAAAGUCUCACCUAAAAAAAUCAAUAUGAAUUUAAGUGAACACGAUAUAGAGAGUUUUUUCUCUUCUUAACCUUAAUGUCAAAAAGGAUUUCCAGCAGGAGAGCUGAAGUCAUAUCGCUGUCUUCAAAGCCAGACUCCAUUGAGAAAAACGAGCUGGUGUUCUAAAUGUUGGUUUUGAUUCACCAAAGUCACAUAAUAACACAGACGAUGAACUGUUUGAGGCAGCGGUACACCAGCAGCUCCUGUGUUCAGUGAGCUAAAAUUACUGUUUUUCUCGAUGGAGUCUGGUGGCUUUGACGAGAACAUAGAUGGUGAACUGGAACCAAUAAAAAUACUCUCAAUAUAAUAAUGUAUGCUUAAACUGAUAUUAAUUAAAUAUAUUUUUUGAUGGGACUUUUUUAGGUAGCUAAAAUAAGUUUUGCUGUUGGCAUCCAUCCACAGCAGCACUUUUCUCAACGUUUAUGUCAGCCUCCAGCCUGCCAACUGACAUUUACUGUUUUCAAUACACCGACUAUGCAUAAGUACCUCGUACAGCCCCGCUCCAAAAACUCUGAGUUAUCCCUUUAAGGCUAUAUACACUCCAUUCACCUAGAUUGUCUGUGCCUGGCUGCAGUGCCUUACACCUGUAUGUGCUACCUUGUGCUUUUCACUGUGCCUUUCAUUACUAUUUGGAGCCCCUGUGGCUGGCACAAAGAGGACAGACUCACAUCUGUGCAAAGCACUGGAGUCUCCUCCACUCAUAUUUCUGAUGAUUUGUGGUAUUACUGUGUUGUGGUGAGACAUGUAUGUCUCAGUCUCUGCAGUCAGAUGUGACAAGGCUACCUCUCUCCUGUAGUCUCUUCUCUGAACGCUCCUGCAGUAACACUCCGUACGUCUGCCUGCUCUUUAUUUCUCGUCCUCCAAACUGUGCUUGACUGAGGUGCACUUAUUUAUAAAAGGCAAGAGAUUGCAACUUUCAGAAGGAGAGAUUUUGAAUGCUGAGCUUGGAUUCAUGUGUGAACAGUGCCGGUUUGGGCGUUUCUCCAUUACUGUUAUGUGUGGCAGAGUUUUUAAAUGCAGAUAAAGCAUACAAAUACCCCUUGUGAAUGUUUAAAGGCACUUUUUAAACUUCUGCAGUGUGUUGAAAACAAGUUUGGACUUGGGAAUAACUGGAGCAAUACCUCACGCUGAAAUAUACAAGUAGCCAUGCAUACAACACACAAACAUAUCGAAAGCAAACAGCUGCCGAUCAUGACGUCACACUCCAAGUCAGCGGUCUUUACAUAAGAGACUGCAAAACAUUUGUAUUUGUAAACCAGCUCUGGUAGUUUUUAAAUUUUCCAUCUAAAUGGUUUUAUUCUCUGUUUAAAGAGAUUCUUUUUUAAUUUUCCAUUAUCUAAAAAAAAAAAAAAUUACAACAUUUUUCACAUACAAAACAUUAAAAAUAAACUUUUUUGCAGGUUGCCUUAAAUUUUUAUGUUGACUGAAUUUGAAAAGGCAAGUCAACUUUAGUCAGUCAAGUUUAUUUUACAGUGAACACUAUGCAUUAAAGGAUGGCCUGAAUCAUGCUGAAGUUUUAUGUCCAAAUGAAAAGUCUGAUGAUUGACAGCAAAAAAAAACCAAAACAAAAGUAUUUGUCUCAUUUCACUCCAUCAUCUACAUUUUGCCACUUCUCUCUCCUCUGAAACUGGACGUAGAAAGCAAACUGCUGAUAACUGCUUUUAUUAUUUUCUUGUAUGAUGACAAUAAGUCAGGAUAUAUUUAAUAUAUGCAUUACGUGUUUUGUCUAUGAAGUGAGAGGAAAAGGUAUAAUAUAUUCUAAAACAUAUUUCUUUUCUUUAUGUACACCUUUUUAGGGAUGAAAAGUCAGAGUAACAAAAGUAGAGGAUUUGUUUUCUUUUUUUUUGCCAAAGUGUCCAAUAGUUUUUAAAAAAUUCAAGGUUAUCGUGUUUUUGUUAUGUGUAAUAUUCUGUUUGCUAUUUUGUACUGGAUUUGCUGUCAUGAGUGGGAACACAAAGGCCUUCUUGUUUAGCUACAUUCGAUCAGUUUUGACAAAUAACUACAACUGGUCCACUGCUGAGUGACAACCCAUUGGCACUUUGAGCUGCUGGUGUUGCAACUCUGUCAGUUUUUGCCAAACUGUUAAAGGUCUGAUUGUGAUUUAACAGCCAUCCGUGUGUUAGAUGGCAGGAACCUGAGUCCCUGUGGUUCUGCCUCCCACUCUAAACACCUGCUUUACUUUCUAUCGCCUGCAUUUCACCCACACUUACAGCGGCAGGAUGAACUCGUGCUCCCUGUGUCAGCCGUGUGGGCCCACAUAUGCCUAGUUUAACAUAGGUGUUACCAUUUAAACUUUUCUUAGUGUGUGCCUUAUUGCCAAUAUGUGCCCUUUGCUAUACCUUUGUAGACCUAUGCAGACUGUUUUCUAUCUGAAGGUUUGUUUAAAAAAAGAAGCUUGUUCUGUAUUGUUAUAUUUAUAGUGAUAAAGUAGAUUAAUAAAGCAUUUUCA